AUGGUCAAAGGUCGUGAAAUGGGUAGACGUGAAAUACCAAUAAAUUAUCAUUUAUCAUCUAUGCCAAAUACAUCAAGUGCAUUAAAAAUACCAAUAAAUUAUCAUACAUCAUCUCUAUCAAAUACAUCCAAUGUUUUUACGCUUAAUGAAAAAGCUAACCUUAUCAAUAGAUUUCUUCCAAAUAAAUGGAAAGUUAUUGAUAAGCUUAAUUCAGGAUUAUUUCGUUGCAUACAUUUACCUGAAGAGAGACUUGUUGCUAUAGGACAAGAUAAAAAUUUACGUUUUUAUAUUCGUCAACCAUUGCGUUAUCAGUUUAUCACUCAGGAACCUGUUCCAAAUAAUGGAUUUAUUACUGAUUUUGUUCGUAGUACAAAAGGUGAUCAAUUAGCAUACACAACCACUAAUGCAUACG